UUUACGCCGUCGCCUGCCUUUCGUAUCGUCUCCGAAGAACUGACGCGAUUUUACGGAAUUCUAGACGUUUGUAGACCACUAACCACCACAGACCUACAGAGAAGAGAAAUGGAUGAAACUGAAGACAAAACAUUGGAGAGUGAGGAGAGCAGUUUUAAAACAAUUCCCGAGUCAUCCUUUACUAUGAACAGCCAUACCGGAGAAAAUCAUGGGGAAUAUGCAUCAGCACAACACCUAGCAGAACACACCGGUGGGAAACGCUACAUGUGUGGGGAGUGUGGGCACAGGACAGGUAAAAAGUCUGACUUACUCAAGCAUAUGAAAACCCAUACUGGAGAAAAAUCCUACAAGUGUGACCAGUGUGACUAUUCUGCAGCACGGAAAUCUUAUUUAGACUAUCAUCUCACCAAGCACACUGGUGAGAAACCCUACAUGUGUGUGGAGUGUGGGUACAGGGCAGCUCGAAAGGCUGACUUAUCCAAACAUAUGAAAAUACAUUCAGGUGAAAAACCCUACAAAUGUGACCAGUGUGACUUUUCUGCAGUACAGAAAUCUUCUUUGAACAGACAUCUCGCAAAACACACUGGUGAGAAACCCUACAUGUGUGGGGAGUGUGGGUACAGGGCAGCUCAACCGUGUGAUUUAUCUCGACAUAUGAAAACCCAUACAGGAGAAAAACCCUACAAGUGUGAGGAAUGUGGAUACAGGACAGCUCGAAAGGCUGACUUAUCCAAACAUAUGAGAGUACAUACAGGUGAAAAACCCUACAAAUGUGACCAGUGUGACUAUUCUGCAGCACACAAAUGCCAUUUAGACUAUCAUCUCACCAAACACACUGGUGAGAAACCCCACAUGUGUGGGGAGUGUGGGUACAGGACAGCUCGAAAGGUUGACUUAUCCAAACAUAUGAGAAUACAUACAGGUGAAAAACCCUACAAAUCUAGAAAGGCUGACUUAUCCAAACAUAUGAGAACCCAUACAGGAGAAAAACCCUACAAGUGUGGCCAUUGUGACUAUUCUGCAGCGCACAAAUCCACUUUGGACCAACAUCUCUCGAAACACACUGGUGAGAAACCCUACAUGUGUGGGGAGUGUGGCUACAGGGCGGAUUGGAAGUCUAAUUUAUCUCGUCAUAUGAGAACCCAUACAGGAGAAAAACCCUACAAGUGUGACCAUUGUGACUAUUCUGCAGCUCGGAAAUCCAAAUUGGACCAACAUCUCUCAAAACACACUGGUGAGAAACCCUACAUGUGUGGGAAGUGUGGAUACAGGGCAGGUCGAAAGGACACGUUAUCCCGACAUACGAGAAUCCAUACAGGAGGAAAAACCAACAAAUGUGACCAGAAUGACUCUUCUGGAGCACGGAAAUCUGGUUCUGACCAACACCUAGCAGAACACGUUGGCGAGAAACCCUACAUGUGUGUGAAGUGUGGGUACAGGACAAACUUAAUGUAUGCCUUAUCCCAACACAUGAAAACCCACAUAGAAGAAAACCCUUAUAACUGCCAUCUCUGCAGCUACUCUGCAGCUUCGAAACAUCUCAUGUCUUCUCAUUUGAUAAGUCAUGAGAAAGAAGCUAAAUCUACAACUGUGACAAAUGAACAACCGACAACUUUGUCCUCAUGUGAAGUGAAAGUCAAAAUGGAAGAAGAACCUCUCCAGGAGUGACCAUGAUAGCUGUGUUAAUCUGUACCUGGGCC